AGCACUCGCGCUUUGACUAGGUGUCGUGCUUGUGUGCGGAGGUGAGAGAGAGACUGAUUAGGGUUGUGGGGCAGACGAGGCGCAGGGCGGAGCAUCCAGAGAAUGGCUAGGAGGUGCUGAUUCCAUCCCUGUGGCGCUGUUGGAUCCGCGAAUUGCAGGUACCUUGUUGUGCGUGUUCACAUAGCAACAUGUCGAGCAGCCUGGGCAAUCCCUCCAAAUCCAAGGAUUCCGCCAGAGUUGCCCAAAGAAACGGGGACAAGAGAUGCAGCGGCGAGCGGCAUUCGCCAUCCCCUUGCUCGGGGGACAAGGAGGUGAGGUACGAGUUUGACACCAAGAUUCCCAAGGGUCAUCGAACAGACAGAGAGAAGAAGCGAGUCAAGAGGUUUGCUCCAGGGGCUGAAAAGGACAAUGCGCAAGUUUCUGCUGCUGACACGCCAAGAAGCGACACGUCCAAGCAUUUGAAAAGGUUGCGAACAAGCAGAGCUAGUCGAUGCCAGAGGAGAGACGAGGAGGUUGACGCAAAGCCUCCCCAGCUAGAUAAGGUGGCCAUGAACGACGACCAACAGGAUCAUCUGCCCGUGGCUAAUCCGGUAGACGCGGACAAGACUGAAGGGGAAGGCCGUGAGACACAAGCUGGGAAGCAGGAGGCUGACGAGCGAGAGGAAGGCAAGUUACAAGACAAGGUAGCGCUUGCUUCCCAAGACAACACUGCCACCGAAGAUGUUGUCAAUCAAGAGGCCGUGCAAGCUAUGGCGGAGAGCUUGGGAAAUCACGACGCCGGUGCUGAUGCUCCUCAAGAGGAGGGAGUGCCCGACGAACGCCAAGCGAUGGUGGUGCCUGAAGACAAUGUGCCAGUUGUUCCCGAGGACUCAAAGCUGCCACAGGCGGAACCUGACACGUCGUUGUCGCUGGGAUUGUCCAACUCGCAUCGUGCACUCAACAGGAACAAGAGCUUCCAGUCUAUGUCCCAAGCAGAAACCUUUUCUCAUGGCGUUACCACUUCGCUAUCGCUCUCCUGUUCUCACCCGUUUACUCACAACCCCAGCUGCUCGCUCACGCACAAUUCACACGACUAUCAGGAGUUCUCCAGUGCAAGCCAGCCCGUGCGUCCGGAAGCCUCCUCGUAUUCAGCUGGUCUAGGCAGCAGAAAGAUGGAGUUUGGGGACUACGCUCGUCACCACCCCUUCAAGGGAAAAGCGGUGUCGGAAAGUAACCAUUUUCCUCACCAUUCUCGUCCCAAAGGCAGCAUGCACAGGAAACAGGUGAAGUCCAGCGGCCUUUCCCAGAGUGUGGGAUCCUGGGAACGGUCGUUUGAGCGGGACAGGGCGUCGGCGACUUUGCGAGUCACUGUUCGUGAGGUGGUUGCUGAUCCGGUUCUAGUGGUAGCGGAAAAGAUGCGAAACUUACCCCGAGAUGUGCUGGACGGGCUAAAGGCGUCGGCGAAGGACCUGGUGGAAAGCAGUGACCGGAGAGAAGAGUUUUUACAGCUGCAAAGAAUUCUACAAACCAGGAAUGACUUGUCGUCGGACGCUCUUCACAAGUCACACCGUACUCAGGUUGAGAUCUUGGUUGCUGUUAAGACGGGAAACCCAGCGUUCCUCCUGCAAGACAACCAGCUAAAACUUCUCGUCGAGGUCUUGCUCCACUCUCGAUGCCGUAAUGUCCAGUGCCUCAGCCAGCUUCCUGUCGACAACUGUGAGUGCAAGAUAUGCACCCAAAAGAACGGGUUUUGCAACGCGUGCAUGUGCGUCGUGUGCUCGAAGUUCGACACGGCGCACAGCACUUGCAGCUGGGUGGGCUGUGACUACUGUAUUCACUGGUGCCAUACCGACUGCGGGCUGAGAAAGAUGUACAUUAAGCCGGGGACGACACCAGGGACUUCAGAGAUGCAGUUCCACUGCAUCGCAUGCGGCCACACGUCCGAACUUUUUGGAUUUGUGAAAGAGGUUUUUGCCUCUUGUGCCAAGUCGUGGAACCGAGGAGUACUCGUCAAGGAGCUGGAUUGUGCGAGGCGAAUGUUUCAGGGCAGCGAAGAUUUGAGAGGGAGACAACUGUGCCGAAGAGCCGGCCAGAUGAUAGCCAAACUUGAGAGCAACAACCUAGACGUAGCGGAGGCCUGCAAUGCCAUGCUUAGAUUCUUUGAAGAUAGUAAAAACGUCUCCCUCCUGGAAGAUGACGAGCACGCGACAGCAGGUGCUGCUCGUAUUGAUCCAAACACAGUAUUGGAGAGAGCGACUUUGGCACUUCAGACAUAUGACCGCGUGUUGGAGGAGAAGCGUACAGAUGCUGCUGAAAUGCAAUACGAAAGAGCCAGGAAGAAAGCCGAGAUAGAAGAGCUGGAGAGCAUUGUCCGUAUCAAACAAGCAGAGGCGAAAAUGUUUCAAGCGCGUGCGGAUGAAGCUUCCCGCGAGGCCGAAGGAUUGCAGCGUAUUGUUCUGGCUAAAUGCGUCAAGGUGGAACAAGAGUACGUGGGCAAGAAAUCCAAGCUACAACUGCUCGAAGCAGAGGAGAAACGGAAGCGGAAGUUCGAGGACCUGCAGUUUCUGGAGAAAGGUUCGUCAAACUUCGACAUUGUGCGCAAGUUGAUGGGUGAUCUGCAAGACCUGCUGGGAAACAUGGAAGCUGCCAAACAGCUGCAAGCAGAGGAGGUUUCUGGAAUUGAAGCGUACUUGGAGAGAUAUUUGCAGUCCAGGGUGGCAUAGACCUGGCAUGGCGUUUGUGUACUAUCUAAGAGGGCCUACGUUGCGGAGCUGUAAAAGAGCGAGCGCAUCACGGACUUGUUGAAAUUUUUACCAGACAGACAGACUGAGUGAUUCUUGUGAUGGUUGCGUAGUCAGAUUCGUGUCUCUGUUGAUAGCUCUAUCUAGCCAUACAGGGAGAGUCGUCUCGCCCCUACCUAGAAUUCCUAGGAUUCAAGGUCAGGUGCACUGCUCUGCUUUUGAAGCGGUCCAAUCUCUUCCGUGGAAAAAUCCGACAAUGCUGAGGUUAGGUGCAAGUCAUUGUUCUUGUACAGGAGCUGCUGGAUUAAUGCCCUUGUUAGCGCAGACACAGCAAGUCUUACGAGCUCCAAGGUGAAGCAGUAAACGACUGUUACUUGUCUGGA